AUGGAGAGUCCCCUGGUCGCUGUUAUUGCCUCUUCUGCUGCUGAGUCGAGGAUUCGAGAACGUGGAUUCAAUUCGAUCUCUCGCCUAAUCCAGCCGUUUGCGUCACAUGCCAUCACCAUAAGAGAUCCAUCCACUUCUCAGCAAGUGUCAGCUAGGGUGACUCUCGAUUUCCGAGACCUUAACAAAGAAGGUCAUCUCCUAACAUUAUCAGUUCUUCCACAUGUUCUUCAUGAACUUCUGCGAUCGAAGACUAAGUUAUCAGAUGCUCUCGACAGUUUUUCCGCAGGACUUAGGCGGUGGGCUGAGCCUGUCGAACAGGAAACGUUCCGCACUUACCUCGCAUGUGUAUUUGUUGUUGCCGGGUGUGAAGAGAAUCCAAUGAGCGAAUUAAGCAAGCUCGUUCAGAUACAACAUACACAACAGCACUCAUCUGUAGAUUCUAAAGUGCGAACUCCAUCUCACUGUGCACCACCAAAAUGGACCAGUCCAAACACCUUAAAGCAUUAUUUUCUUUUGCACGAUGUAACUGGGGAUGAUGAAGAUAGGUCGAAGGAGGUCUUCAAUGAAAUGUGUUCCACAUAUGGAGUAGAUGCAUGUCAAAUCCUACGCAUUGGCGAAGGUAGAGAUCCUGAUGAGUUGCCAGAUGUCUGGAGUGAUGCAGAGGAAGACGAAAUCAUACUCAGUUUGGGGCUGCGUCGUGCUGUGCAACAUGCAACUGCUUCCGCCAUGGCUCAGCAGACAAUAGAAAGAAAACCAGCUGCAACUAGUACCGUCUCAACGAUUUCUCCGUCAUACGCUAUGGUACAAUCUUCUAACCUUUCCUCUACAGAAAUAAAUGGAUUUCCAGGAGGUGCACAGUUGCCUUCCAGGGGAGGGCGCAACAUCUCAAGCAUUGAUCGCGAAAAUUUACGAAAUAUCACCCAAAAGUUUCUAAAGGAUUGUUUGGUUCCUCAUGUAGAAAGGUUGAUGCGUACUCUCUUUGAGCAACUAGCCGCUAGAAGAGGAUUAAUAGGGAAAUCACUAACUAGUGGUAUGAAGAAGUGGUUUGGAGGUGGUUCCGGAGGAAACCUAGCAAGCUUAUCCGCAGUGAGUUUUCCCCCCGAAAGCCUCGAGAUGCAAAGCCGUCGUCUAGCAGAUUUGGCUUUCAUGUUCGGAUUGUUUUCUUUUGCUUAUUCGCAGUAUCGAUCAGUGAAAAAGGACUUCGAACACAGCCAGGCUUUUCUUCACCAUGCUGCUGCGACGGAAAUGGCGGCUAUGGCAUUGUAUUUCUCUGACAGUAGUAUCUCGCCCAAACAUUUUCCUCGACAUUACUUUGAAGCAGCCUUGGAAAAUCAACUGAACUACUCUGGGAAGUACACUAGCGUUAUGCGAUGUGCUUUAAAUGCAGCUACUGUUCUCGGAAACCUGAAAAUGGUCAAAGAAUCUGCAUCUCUACUCUCUUUGGUUUCAAGUCUGGACAAUGAUAUGUGCGUGGCAGUGGCACAAGCGCAUGCAUCUCGAUACUUUGAAGAGGCUGGCAUGACCAGAAAGGCAGCAUUCUACCGAGUUCUAGCAGGCAAUCGUUUCAUGAAGGCAGGACUGAAACAGAAUGCUUUAGAAUGUUAUCGGCUGGCGUUACAUAAAUACAUCAACACGUGUUGGGAUUCUGUUGAGGAUCACCUAUCGGCAAUUCUUUCCACUGAUACCACUGACAGAAAGGUGGCACUUGAGUGUGCUUGUCGACUUCUAAGAGAAAGCGAUCUACAAACAGAUGUCAACCAUGCUGCUUUCGUGGAUAGUUUUGUGGAAACCCUCACAAGAUUCAACACGGGAGGAGAGGCGGAUCCAUUUCUACUGCCUAUUCCAUUGAUAAAUAUGCAGUCAGUGCGAGUUGUUUGCGGCGAACGCCCACAAACUGAAGACGUACCUAUCAACAAUGAUAUCGCGUGGUUGGAUAUCGAGCGUGCUGCCUUCCACAUUUUGUCUGGGUCUUCCACAGCAUUUCGUCCAACACAUCUUGUAAGUGACAACGAAACUGACAAUCAACGAAUGCGUAGUACUCCACCGGACGAAAGAUUUUGGGUCGAAUUUAUUCUUCGAAAUCCUUUGAAGACAUCGUUGACGAUACAGAAUGUGAAGUUAGGCAUAACCGAUAUACAUAUGAAAGAAGGGUGUGAGAACGAACAACCUUUCAAUGGGCAAGAACUGAUUUCAAACUUGGUCCUUUCAUCCGAAGAGUCGAGAAAGAUUGUGUUGUGGGUUCGUCCUAGUCCCCAUAUUCUGCGGUUUCGGGUAGAAAAUGUGUUGUUGCAAGUAACCAGUUCAAGUGGUAUCAGUGUCUCUGGAUUCCUCCCUUUCAAUUUGAAGGGAAAACGCUUGAAUAGGAAUCCCAAGCAGAUGAAAUCGGUGGCAUAUGCGGCAGAUGAGCGCCUACACGUAAACGUAGCGCAGAAGCGGUGGCCUCUAUUAGAUUUUCGAGUAGUUCGUAAGAAGCAGCCACAAGUAUUUUGUGGGCAGGCAGUUACGUUGAAUGUCGAUGUAGAAAACAUAGGACAGGAGUUAGUAACCGGUCUCUGCAUUGCAACGGAUGGUGUGGACUGCAUUAGUGUAGAAACACUGGAUAUGCUUGGAAGCAAGAAGCAAAUAACUGCGUGUUAUGCUGCUACCUCUACUGCUGUGCGAACAUUUGAUAUUGAAGGUGUUUGUGUUCCUGUCAGUGGCCAAAUAAGAAUCUCGAUAACAGUGCGAGCCCCACCUUCUGCGCAUUCUGAAAGGAAAAUUGGGUUAUUAUUUUUCUAUCGUGGGGAAAACCAAACCUAUCGAGAAUGGCGAACAGUGGUUGCACUGGUUCCUAUUCCACUGUUCGAAGCUUCAGCUUCUGUAGUAGACGAAACACAUGGUAUUGUCGCCAUCACCAUGAAGAAUGUGAUGCUUGCCAGCGAUGCUGCCUUAGCACGUUGUGAAGUUGCUCGUAUUCGUCUUGUUAGACAACGAAUAGACAGCAGAGGUCACUGGAAUGAAACAGAUGCUUCGGAUUUCUCUCUUCAACCUGUUAGGGUCGGACCAGUACAACUUGAUUGUGAGCAGUCAUGUAACGUAUGCGUCAGUACAUCAUGCAUUAAAACUGGCUCUGACGAUGGAGAAGUCGCUAAAUCUUCAUGGUCUUUCACCCCAAUGCCACCAGAUCCUCCAUGUUGGCCUCCUUCUCUACCAGAUUUCACAAAAGAAACAGAUGAGCAGUACGAUGUCGUUGAAGACUUCUUUCAGUUGGCCAUUUUUUGGAAAGCUAGCGUUGUGAAUGACGAAGGACAUGUGUCAUCUGUGGUUGGAGAGACUUUCAUUGUGGAGCCUCUAUCUACGAAAUUGAGAAUACCUGGGAUGAGCAUUUCCAGCAGUUCUGCUCUCGAUGACGCCGAAAAGGAAGUCCGAAUGAGAAUGACGAAUUCAGAGAGCACUUCGCUCGUUAUAAGCUGCCGUCCCAUAAGAGCAACCAUCCACGAUUUUGAGAAGAACAGGCUCUGUCAGAUUCCUCUUGAGGUAUCUGUUGCCAACAUGGAUGACAUGAAACGACUUGUGGACGUUACUCUUAGAUAUACUCCUAAAGUUUGCGAAGCUGUUUCAUCCGUUACUCAGCUACCGCCAGAAAACCGUCAACUCUGGUGGAUUGACAGAGAAGUCGUGAAGGCAACAAUAAGAAGUGGAGAAUGUUCAGUAUUUCGAUUUGUCAUCAGUAUCUCACAGCCAUCAGUCUAUGACGUCGCAGGUUCGCAGCUGCUUCUUCAUGCAAUCUUUGAUGAUGGAGAAACAAAGACUUUCAAGGUCCCAAAUACCCUUGCCGUUGUGGGCUCAGUCUGA